UUCAAACUCCUCAAACUAAUUUCAUCCCAUCUUUAAAAAAAUUUCUCUUGUAUCCUUCAUUUUAGCUUGCAUAUCAUUUACUUCAUUGUUCCAAAUAUGAUAGCUAACUUUUCCCUGUCUUCACUUGUUUCCUUUGUAUUUUUCUUCUUCCUUUUCUCGCCUUCAAGUGCUGCAUCUGUUGGAAUAUGCUAUGGAAGAAUAGGAAACAACCUUCCACCACCAUCCACCAUAGUGUCUCUCCUCCAAUCGAACGAAGUUACGACAGUUAGAAUCUUUAAACCCGAGCCAGAACUGUUAAAUUCUUUCUCAGACUCAGAGAUUAAGUUGAUGAUUGGAGUCCCAAAUGAAAUGUUGCCUUUAUUAGCAAGUAACCCUGUUGAAUUCUCUCUGCAAUGGCUCCAAGACAACAUUUUUGCCUUUUUACCACCAACCCAAAUCAAAUAUUUAGCCAUUGGAAAUGAAGUGUUUAUAAAAGAUCCAUAUUACACCCCAUUUGUUGUCCCAUCAGUUUAUAAUCUUCAUCAAGCAUUAAUAUCACUAAGUUUGGAUGAAAUUAUCAAGAUUUCAACCCCACUUGCUGCUUCUGUUCUUAGCACUUCUUUCCCUCCUUCAAAUGGGACUUUUAAUCCUGAUCUUUUACCACAAAUAAUUCCCUUGUUACGAUUCUUGAAAGAUCAUGAUUCUCCUUUAAUGAUCAAUGUAUACCCUUUUUUUAGUUACAUUAAUAACAAAAAGGAUAUUGGACUAGAUUAUGCUCUUUUUAACACCCAAGGUGUGUUGUUGGAUAAUGGAUUGUUCUACAAUAAUUUGUUCGACGCCACGUUAGACUCGUUCGUGGCGGCGAUGGAGAGGGAAGGGUUCCGUGGGAUCCGACUAGUGGUGACGGAGACUGGGUGGCCCACGGCUGGUGGUGAGGCGGCGAGCCUAGAAAAUGCAAGGGUUUAUAAUGGAAAUGUUGUUAAGAGGGCACUAGGAGACUUUGGAACUCCAAUGAGGCCUAGUGCUGGAGUGGAGGUUUUCUUGUUUGAUUUGUUUGAUGAGGAUGAGAAGGAUGGGGAAGAAUAUGAGAAGCAUUUUGGGGUUUUUGCACUUAAUGGUGUUAAGGCUUAUGAUGUAAACUUUAGCUAGUGUGAAUGAUUUUGGAUUUUUCACUAUUUGACAUAGUAAAAUUGAACAUGAUUGCAAGGCUUAUGUAUUAACUGUAACAGGAUGAUCAAUGAAGAACUUGUGUCUUUGUGUUGUCAACAAGGUAGCAGCACCAAUUAUGUAAUAGAAUUAUGUGUAAUAUGCAAGAGCUAUGUUAAUCUUCUCUUUAUC